GACCUUCUGCACUGCCGUUGAUAGUUAACCAAGGUUAACCACCUAGAGUAAACUCCCUUUUCUCUUUCAUAUUUACUUCUCCCUUUUCCCUCUUCUCCUGCUCAACCGAUUUUCCAGUUCUUUUCUCCGAUUUUCCGUCGCUGGUGGAGCACUAUAACAUUCGACCGAUUUUCAGCCAUACUGGUGGAUCACUACCGCAUUGUUAAGUGAUCUCUUAUACCAUGGAUGUGGGUGAUGUUGAUCUUGAUCCUCCUGGUGUUGGUAAAUAUAUUAAUUUGGUUGAGGACGUAGUUGACCCCAACCUAGAAUUUGUUCAAGAUUCUGGCUGUGAGGGAAGCAUGGAAAAUAUGGAGUUUAAUCCGAGCUCAAACAUGUGUUUUGAAUCUGGUUGUGUGGGGAAUGGGAUAAGAAUGGAAAAUAUGGAACUGUUGAACCCCAGCUCUCCUCUCAUUGGAUCACAGCAGGUUGUCUACACAUCUCCUAUACAGACAGUUCGCACUGUCCAGACUGUUGAGACUGUUGUAUCAACUAAUGUGCCCCUUGUUGAACCUCCAAAGGAGGGUAUGGUAUUCAAGAGCUGGGAGGACAUAGAGGAGUACUUCAAAAUGUAUGCUUUUAGUAAUGGAUUUGGUGUAACUAGAGUGCAGGGUUCUUUUUCUAAGGCAACUAAGGAGCGUAGGGGUACUAGGUGGAGGUGUGAAUGUUGGGGUCCCCCGAACAUGAGGGCCCUAAGGGAGGCCAAGAAGAGGGCCAAAGCAAUGGAAGUCGGUGGAACUGGUGGCAAGGUAAAUGGUGUAAUAGGGGUGGAUGAGCUGAAACAAGGAAAGAGAAAGUCUAAAAAAUGCUUUUGUCCUGCAAACAUUUAUGCAAGUGUUAACGAUGCGGGUGAGUGGGUUAUACGGUCAGCCGAACUAGAACAUCAUGGCCACAAACCAACCCCGACAAAGGCAAAUCUAGUGAAAGAGUACAGGAUGAAGCAUUACACUUCAUCUGUACGCAAGAAGCUGAUGAACUUCUACGAAGAGGGUGUUCCUGUUAAGAAAAUACAUGGAUGCUUGUCCCAUGAAAAAGACAAACUCCCUAAUGUGAAGGACCUAGAACACGAGGUAUACAAAGCUAAGAAGUUGAAAAUGGAAGGAGGCGAUGCCGUAGCGAUGAUGAAGUAUUUUGAGAAGAUGCAAGCCGACAACCAAAACUUUUAUCAUGCACAUCGGUUGGAUGAAGAAGGGCGACUAAAGGAUGUGCUAUGGGUGGAUGCUAGGAGUCGUGCGGCCUACAAAGAUUUUGGAGACGUGGUAUGUUUUGAUGCCACGUACUUGACCAACAACUACGACCUCCCUUUUGCAAAUUUUGUUGGCGUGAAUCAUCAUGGUCAAUCAAUUCUCUUUGGAUGUGCCUUGGUAUCACGCGAAGAUUGUGAAACCUAUUCUUGGGUGUUUACGCAAUGGCUAGCAUGUAUGGGGAACCGGGCACCCUUGGGAAUUCUUACCGAUCAAGCAGAAGCAAUGAGAAGGCCGCUUGCAGAAAUUAUGCCAACAGCACGCCAUAGAUGGUGCAUAUGACACAUUAUGCGAAAGUUUCCUGAGAAGCUUGGGAAAUGCGAGUUGUAUGCUGAAUUCAAAAAUCCUCUUAAAUCUCUCAUUUAUGAAAGCUUCACGGUUGACGAAUUUGAGAGUCGGUGGCUUGAGUUUAUGAAGAAGUAUGGCCUGGAAGAAAACGAAUGGCUAUGUGACCUGUUUGAAGAGCGUCACAUGUGGAUCCCGGCAUAUAUGAAGGAGUACUUCUGGGCUGGAAUGAAGACUACCCAACGUGUAGAAAGCAUCAAUAGCUUUUUUGACGGUUUUGUGAACCGGAAGACUAAGUUGUAUGAGUUCCCGAAAAAGUACAGUAAGGCUAUGACUAGUAAGGUGACAGAUGAAACUGAAGCUGAUGCCAAAUCGACGAAAUAUGUGUGGCGAUUAGUCAGUGGGUUUAAGGUUGAGAAAGUGUACCAGAAGUUGUAUGCUGAUGCAAAAUUUCAGGAGAUUAAGAAAGAACUGUCAAGGAUGAUGUAUUGUUAUGGGCGAGAGGAAAGAGUGAUUGAUGAACACAAUGUCCAUUACUAUCUUGAGGAUAGAGUGUGGAUUGUCCCGGAAGGGAGGAGCGAAGAGGUUAUAACGGACAGAAGGCGAAUUUACUGUGUCAGAUUUAACAGAGUAACGAAUGAAGUCAGCUGCGAUUAUUGUAAAUUUGAAACAUUCGGUAUUUUUUGCAAGCACUGCAUUCGUGUACUAGAUCAAAAUCUUGUGUUCAAGAUACCAUACAAGUACAUCUUGGACAGAUGGCGUAAGGAUGUUGUUAGGAAGCAUACUCGUGUUAAGGUUGCAUACCACGAUCCGUCGGAUACAGCCGAGGUGAAGAGAUUCAACAAAAUCAUGUCCGAGUUUGAGCCAAUAUGCGACGAAGCGUCUGCUGUUGAUGAGGAUACAGUACAGAUGGUGCUUGCUUCCUUGUUAAAGCUAAGGAUUGAAGUAAAGGAAAGGAGGAAGAAGUUCAUUGCGCAGAAUGGGGUUCAACUACUCCCUAGCAGAUAGUAUCCUCCCUCUGAAAAAGGUUCCACAGGUAGAGUAAUCACUCUGUCUUCUGUAUGAAGGAUUGGUGGACGGUAGCAUUCAGGAGGAUGUAGAGUGGGUCGAGUUACAGCCAGAAGUCACUGAGACCCCAGUUGACACACCACCAGCAGUUAGCCAACAGGUGCUAGACCCAAAAUCAAGGAAACGUCCUCGAGGAAGGCCUAAGGGAUCGCGAAAUAAAUCAUUGGCAGAGUUGGGGUAUAAGAAGAAAAACAAGGAGAUUCCUGUCGCAGUUGAUGAAACUGAACCGGGAGGUGAUGAAAUUGUUGCACCCACUCCAGCUGAGAAACAACCCAUCCCCAAACGAAAGGGUAGGAAGAAGAAGGCCGCAAAAAAAGGCGGUAAUGCUGGUGAAGUUGCAGCCACCACCCCUACCUCUUCUGAUGAAAGAGUACCUCCAGCUAAGAAACCCAUCCCCAAACGAAAGGGACGGAAGAGAAAGGCCACUACAAAACGCGGGGCUGCUGGUGAAGGUGUUGCCACCCCAACCUCGUCUUUUGAGUUCUAAUUAGCUGUGGCCCAAAGUUCUUUGUUAUGUACUCAAGUCGAACUAUGUAGCGUUUGUAUUACUUGUUGUUGGUGGUUUAGGGACUAUGUCAUAUUGGUAAUUGCUUAUUUUAUGUUACGCAUCGUAGUUGCUUAGAUUAGGCUACAACCUUUUGAACUGUUUUCGCAUUGUUCGAACAACCUUUUGGAAAUGUGUUGCAUUCAACUGGAGCAAUUACAUGCUUUAAUUUCUGUUAU